AUGAUCGAUUCCCCCUUUCCUGUGCUCUGCUGGCAGCCGAGUUCUCUCUCCUGCCGACGAAGCAGCGGCCCGUCAGACACAAGGCUGUUGAGAUCGUACGAGCAGGCCUUUCUCCUCGACCCUGACCCCUUUGAGCUCGCCAUGCCUGCCACCCCGUCGUGGACUCCGCAGUGGCCUCACGGCCUGACCAAGAACGGCUCCACCUGUCCAUGUUGCCAGCCGGGCGUCAUGGACCGCAAGAGCCGGGCGCGGCGCCUGAAAGACCAGGCCCAGCUGGACGCACAAUACGAGCAUCUCCGCGACCUCUACCCGCGACGCAGUCCGCCCCUCAACCGCGCCCUGUCAUCACCCGAUCGGCAGAAACCAUCACUUUUCCAGCCAGCUCAGACACGUGCUGAUGCCGUGCCAAGAAAUGCUGAGGACGGGCGAGACAGCGAGCAAGACCAGCACGUGGAAAGGAACGCAGACGCUGCGGACGACGAAGAAGAUGAUACAGAAGACGAGCACGGAGAUAGUAGCGACGGUAACAUGGGAAAAAAAGGAGAUGACGACGAGCGAGAAAAUGAUAGAGAGAAAGACCGGGACAAGGAAGAGCAGGACCAGCAAAAUGCGCAAGAUGGGGACGAUGAGCAGGAGGAGGAUGAAGACGAAGAAGACGAUGAAGACGACGACGAUGAAGAUGAAGAAGAAGACGACGGCGAUGACGAAGAUGAAGAAGGCGAGGACGACACAGACGUCGAGGGCGUGGUGAAGAAGGAGCCCGAAGAGUUUCGCAUCCGCAUUGACAGUGCCAAUGCAGCCUUCAUGCAACAGCCACCGCCACAGUCAGGCCUGCCAUCGUGCAGGGAAGAGGAAGACACCAUUGUGGUCAAGCUGGUGCCCGAUAGCAUGGACGUCGACUCAGACAUGUUUCUCGACGAUGACGACGAGUUUGUCCAUUUCGACAGUCGCCAACCCACGAGCCUCAUGGCAUACGGCCCGAUGUCGUCUGCAGCAGCAGCAGCGAUGCAGCAACAGCAACAACAGCGGCAGAAUCUAUGGCCACAUUCACGGCCUCGUCAUCGUCCACGGCCUCAACAAUUGGCGCCCCAGCCGCGGCCGAUCGUCGUGUCGUCCGGUCUGGCUGAACAAAAUGCACAUCUGCGGACGCAGCCUCCACGGCUACAGCCUCGUCCGCCAGCGUAUCCACCACAUCCAUCACGUCCGACACAGCCUCCGACGCUCUCGCGACUCCGCGUCGACGCACCCGUGUUGGCCGACCCCAGCGAUCCUGGCACGGCCCAGACGCCUGCCGGCAUGGAAGCAUUCUGGGACGUGAUUAUCUCACCACCCGCGUAUCUGGUCGCCUCUGCUGACGGCACCGUCGUCGAGGCCCGCCAGCUUCGACGGGAGGCCCGCUCACAGGCCAUCGAGGCUGCUCGCGAUCGGUUGCGCCGGCUGCGGUCCGGCGAGUCGCCGCUGGCUAGCCGUCGUGGGCCGCUGGCCAGUCGUAGCAGCAGCCUCAGCAGCCUCAGCAGCCUCAGCAGCAGCAACAUCAGCAACACUGCCAACGCCAGAACAGAGGCCAGUGAUCAAGCCGACUUACUCGGCGUUGAGCAGGGCCGCUCUAUUCGCAAGCGACCGUGUCCGUGCUGCAACAUGUACAUUCGCCGGGACAGGAGCAUCUUGCCAGAGGAGGACUAUGCGCGUGAGAAGAUUCACGGUGAUUACAUUCCCAUCAGCAUCCUUUACGACAUGCUACCGCGGCCUCCAAAUCCAUUUGCCGACGACGAGUAA